AUGGUGUCUAUAUUAGUUAAUGGUUCACCCACGGAGGAGUUUCAACCACAAAAAGGGUUAAGGCAAGGUGACCCUCUAUCUCCAUUUUUGUUCAUUAUAGCAGCUGAAGGCCUUAAUCUUUUGUUGGGUAGGGCUAUUGAGAAGGGCCUGUUUAAGGGUGCAUCAAUAGGCUGUGAUCAGCUGGGCAUCUCUCAUCUUCAAUUUGCAGAUGAUACCAUUAUUUUUUUGGUUGUGGAGGUAUGCAGUGAGGAUAAAACUCUGUGGAAAUCAGUGAUCUGCUCUAGGUAUAGCAAAAUAGGUGGGGGAUGGUCACCUUCAUUGAAUCAGUCAGUAGGGGUCUCAUUGGUUUGGAAGGAUAUCUCACAACUUUCUGUGGUUAAUCAGCAAAUGGGUGAAUUUUUUGGUGAACAUGUUAAAAUAUUAGUUGGCAAUGGGAGGAGAAUAAAGUUUUGGUGGGUGACAGCUUCAUUUCAGAAGGAAUCUCUUAGCUUCGGAAGAAGAGGAUCUGCAGAGGCUGUUAGGCUUGCUGUUCUUAUCUCCUAG